AUGCUUUUUGUUACGUUUGAAACGCUGAAAAUUCUACGAGUGCAGAACAUUAGAGAGAGCAUGCUGACAAGGUGGUUGACGCUGGCAUUAGUGGCAGCGACGUGGCGGGCCGCCGACUCCUGCACCUGUGCACCCGAACAUCCACAGACACACUUUUGUAAAAGCGAUUUCGUGAUCGUUGGCCGUGUACAAAAAUUGUUCAGAGGAAAUGACACAUACGACGCGUACAAAGUGAAAAUUCGAAACGUUUACAAAGCAACCCCAAAAGCAGCUGUAGCGCUAAAAUCAGGACGAAUAUUAACACCGCCUCAGGAAUCAUUAUGUGGUGUUAGUCUACAACCAAGAGAGACCUAUGUUAUAACAGGUCAAGUUAUGCACCUACAAGCACACAUACAUCUAUGCGGGUACAUCAACAAAUGGCGGGAUGUGACUCCGCGACAGCGAAAAGGCUUCCGGCUAUUAUAUAAACAGGGUUGUACUUGCAAGGUGCACGUAACACGCCGUCGCACAAAAUCACCCAACACGUGCGUGACGAACUACGACGACUGCUUUGAGAGGCACGGAAUCUGUCUGCACGAUCGCGAACGACGUUGCCGUUGGACCAGGGCUCCCGCUCUCACGAGGUGUAUGCAGAAACCACACUUCAACAGUACUAUGACUUGA